AUGCGGAUCGCAAUUGCUUCCCUCUCACUUUUAGUACCAACAACACUGGCUGCUUAUGCCCUUCAAGAUGAUUACGCCGGGUCAGCAUUCGCCGGAAUGUUUGAUUUCUUCACAGAUAACGAUCCUACAAAUGGUUACGUCAAUUAUGUCUCCCAAUCAGAAGCUCAAAAUUCAGGACUGUACCAAAUCCAAAAUGGUGCUGUCUAUAUGGGUGUUGACUCCACGAAUACUGCUUCCGGUCGUGGUCGCAACAGCAUACGUAUCAGCAGCAAAAAAUCAUACAAUCACGGUCUCUUCAUUAUCGACCUUGCACACAUGCCCGCAGGUGCCUGUGGUACGUGGCCAGCAUUCUGGCUACUGGGACCUGACUGGCCGAACAAUGGCGAAGUUGACAUAAUCGAAGGAGUCAACUCCCAAUCGGCUAACAAUAUGGCUCUGCAUACCGAUGCUGGCUGUAGUAUUACCCAUACGGGCGCCUUCAGUGGUGAUCUCAUGACUGACAACUGCGACGUUAAUGCUCCAGGACAGGGCAACAACGUUGGAUGUUCGAUUCACAGUGGCGAUUCAAGGAGCUUCGGAAAUGGUUUCAAUUCCAAUGGUGGCGGAGUCUAUGCCACGGAAUGGACAAGUGAAGCAAUCAACAUUUGGUUCUUCCCUCGAGGAGCUAUUCCCUCGGAUCUCACCAGCGGUACACCUGACCCAUCAAACUGGGGACAGCCCUCAGGCCAAUUCACCGGCGCCUGUGAUAUCGACGAGAAAUUCAAGGAUCAAAAGAUGAUCUUCGAUGUCACAUUCUGUGGUGACUGGGCUGGCAACGUCUGGUCAACAGAUGCGACUUGUGCCCCUAAAGCAUCCACCUGUCAAUCCUUCGUUCAGAACAAUCCUGCUGCUUUCAAAGAUACCUACUGGCUCGUCAACAGCCUAAAGGUCUUUUCUCAAAAUGGUGCAGCGCCCGCUCCAGCUCCCACUCAGUCUCAACCUGGUGCUCCGGGUGUGACCACAGCGACUGCACUUCCCACGACCGCUACGGCCGCCAUUCCAACGACCUUUGCAACCGUCACCCAAUCGAUCCCUACUGGAGCUACAGCAACAGCCACUGUUACAUACCCUACAAAUGCUCCUGCCAACACCAUCGCACCCACGAACACCGUUCCUGCCCCUGCCCCACCCGCGAAUACUCCUGCUUCUCCCAUUGUUCCCGCUCCCACCGAUGCUCCAGCACCCAACAAUGGAGGCGGUAACGGUGGUUGGGGUGGUAAUGGAGGCGGCAACAAUAAUGGAGGAGCUGGCUGGGGCGGCUAUGGUGGCGGUGGUGGCAGACCAGGAGGCGGUCGUGGUGGUCGAGGAGGACAAUGA